UCACGCUGGGUGUACUUUGGCCUUACGUGUCUCACAGUGCAGUUGUCUUUCUCCGUGUGCAGUGCCGAGUCAGUGCAAAUGAUUGAAAGCAAGGAAGCAUUUCAUUACUUUGUGGAACUGAACAAGGACAAGCUUGUUGUAGUGUUCUUCACUGCGACUUGGUGUGGUCCAUGCAAGAUGAUUGCACCGAAGGUUGAGGAGAUGGCUGCUGAGUUUCCUCGGGUAGUCUGUGGUACAGUGGACAUCGAUGUAGCUGACGACGUUGCAGCGGAGUGGAAAGUCAGCUGUAUGCCAACCUUCUUUUUCAUCAAAAAUGGCGACAAGGUUGAACAGAUGGUGGGUGCCGAUGCGGACAAGUUACGGGGGUUGAUGUAUAAGCAUCAACGCCCGUGGUGAACGGCAUUUUAUAUUUACAUUUCAUUAGCAUAUUUGACCAGCGUAUUUGCAGACUGAACUUUAAUUGAUAUUCAAGAAUUCAGCUGAUAUAUGCAGGAUUGCUUAUACAUGUGUUUUGGCUUAUACAUGUGUUUUGUUCCAUAUUGAAAAUAUACUGGUCAUACUUGUACAAGUUCCAAUAGCGAACAAAACGCAGUUCCAUGGAUCAAAACUAAACAUAUUUCAUAUCUAGACUAUCAACGUAGAUUAUUAACAGUACAAACUUCCAUUCUGUAACUUUUCGCUAUUGUUAUUCAUGUAAUGUAAACUAAUGGCCCGUAUAGCAGGUUGUGAAUUAUUAUGUAAUGUACCAUUUCGACUUAGUUUGCCAUGUAGUUUUCGUGCAAUUAAGCUUGAUGUGUGUUGGUUGAUGUGUUGCCUUUCGAAUAUCUGUGUAGCUCUUUGCUAUAGUUUUUUUUGUAAUGUAGCCGAUGUAUGCAUCGACCCGCGCAGCUAGUUGCGAAUUGUCAUUUUCCGUAAUAUUCCGACCAAGGUUGCCAAUGCACAGGAAUAAAAUUUGGUAGCUUGUAGUACGUAUAUUGGCUUCCUUUUAUCUUUAAUAACGUGUAUCAUGUCAUGGAGGUAAUUACCUGACUAGUUUAUUUUUUUCACGAACGCAAAAUUAUAUAAAGUUGCAAUAUUCCAGAGAGGGUAUAAACUGUGUGCAAGUCUCUUUAAAAGUUCCCGGCCUGGAUGUAAAUUUAAUCAUUUGUUCCAAACGCCGCGGUUUAACCACGAAAAGUCACCUCUUAAGUAACAAAUCCUUUAGUUAUCCUCUAUGGAAACUAACAAGGCUUGGUAUAAGUCCCCCUAGCAUCGUUAAUGGCAUACGUGUAUGCACCAGAGGUAC